ACACUUAAAAAGAGGUGGCACUCUGAGAGCAGCGUUCAUUCAGCACUGCCUGAGUAAGAAGAUUACUUUUGCACUGCUCGUCUAUACUCUUUCUCUCUUUAAACAUGCAAAGGAUGCUAAAGCGUCAGCCGCUCCACCCGAGAAUGAUUUUAUUGCUCUUAUGGCUCUGUUAUUUGAUUGAAGAUCAAAAAGUGCAAGCUGGUAACUGCUGGCUACAGCAAGGCAAGAACGGGAGAUGUCAGGUCCUCUACAUGCCUGGGAUGAGUCGAGAGGAAUGCUGCCGGAGUGGGAGGCUCGGAACAUCUUGGACUGAGGAAGAUGUGCCAAACAGCACAUUAUUCAGGUGGAUGAUCUUCAAUGGCGGGGCUCCAAACUGCAUACCUUGUAAAGAGACAUGUGAUAAUGUGGACUGUGGCCCUGGGAAGAAAUGUAAAAUGAACAGGAGGAGUAAGCCUCGCUGCGUCUGCGCCCCAGACUGCUCCAACAUCACCUGGAAGGGGCCGGUGUGUGGCUCAGAUGGGAAAACAUACCGAGAUGAAUGUGCCCUCUUGAAAUCCAAAUGCAAAGGCCACCCGGAUCUGGAGGUGCAGUAUCAAGGCAAAUGCAAAAAGACGUGCCAUGAUGUCAUGUGUCCGGGAAGUUCAACUUGUGUGGUGGACCAGACAAACAAUGCAUACUGUGUGACGUGCAACCGCAUAUGCCCAGAGGUCACGUCUCCGGAUCAGUAUCUUUGUGGCAACGAUGGGAUUGUUUACGCCAGUGCGUGCCAUUUAAGGAGAGCCACGUGCUUGCUUGGUAGAUCCAUUGGUGUGGCAUAUGAAGGGAAAUGCAUCAAGGCCAAGUCAUGCAAUGAUAUCCAAUGCAGCUUGGGGAAGAAGUGUCUAUGGGAUUCCAAGAUGGGUCGUGGGCGCUGUGCAGUUUGCGUGGAGUCGUGCCCAGAAAGUCGCUCGGAGGAGGCCGUGUGCGCCAGCGACAACACCACAUAUCCCAGCGAGUGUGCCAUGAAGCAGGCCGCUUGCUCUUUGGGGGUUCUCCUGGAGGUUAAGCAUUCAGGAUCUUGCAACUCUACCGUGUAUUCUCCCAUAUAGCCAUUACUGAAGACCAGGAGGAUGAUGACGAUGAGGAAGACCAGGACUACAUGGCUUAUAUCCAAUUAUCACCUGUACUGGAUGGAUAAAGCACCAUCAACCAGUGGAACAGUCCUAGGGCAAGGAAUCAUGUCCACACUGUACAUGUGUAUGCUAAUUUAUUUUUCAGAGAAAAAAGAAAGAAGUAUACAUGUAGUUCAGUCUGCUUGAUGUUUAUUUAUACAGUGUUCUGUUUUAUAAUUUAUACAUUUACAGUGUCUGGCAUACUUGUCUAUCAUGUUAUUUUGUUUUCCCUUAUGUUGUCUUUCCCUUUUCUUUCUUUCUUUUUAUUUUUUUAUUAUGACCGAGAAUUAUAUUUGUCCAAAGAGAAGCAGUGUUAUUUAUUGUGAGGUAAAAUGCUGUCAUGUAAAGUGUGUCUUCUGCAAGCUGUAAAUUGCAUUCCCUGAGCUGUAUAAAUGCUUAUCAGUGUCAAUUCUGUAUCACAGAUGUUUAUUUCACACAUACAUGCAUGUCAGCUUGUGAGCUUAUUUAUUGGAAAAAAAAUGGAAACGCAUAGGAAAAAAUGUCACUCUUUAAUGUACAUGUAUAUUUCUGGUUUUGUUUACAGUUCAGUGUCACUGACCAAAGGGAUUUUCUUGAACGUUCUUCAAUGUUUUUGCGAUAUGGUGCAGCAGGAAAACAUUGAAAAUGAGCCGUUUCUCAGAUAGGAAACCCCUGACAAUUCACUUGUGCAAAAUGCCGUCCAUCAUCAGCAGCAACAAUUUGACUUUUCGACGAUAGGGCAGAAAUUAGCAGUGGGUGAUACUUGUUUGAGAAAACUGUGCCAUGCAAACUUUGUCUCGUUUUUGCCAAUAUUCUGCUCUAUAUUGCUCUUGCAGAGCUAAAGAAAAGGUCAUAAAGAGGACUCAGUAUCAAAGCAUUCACUUUUUCACUUUGUUGUCAAAAUGCAUUUUUAUUUUCAGACAUCUCAAGACAAAAAAUUCAAUUAUAAAUAUAUAGUUUUGUAUUUUUUAUGUAAAUGUCAUAUGUAUAUACAAAGUUUGAUGUAUUUGUACAGAUAUUAAGAGUGAAAUCAUUAAAAAAAAAUACUUAUAAAUUGCUCAGUGGUGUGGAUUUUUUUAAGAAUUGAAUUUUGCCAUUAGUUCAUACCAUGUACCCAUCCAUUUUUUAGAAAAGCAAAAUAAUUGGAUUCUAAUUCUCAUUUUGUAUGUAAUUAGAGUGUCCUGGCUUCAUUGCUUAAGCUUUAAGGCCAUUAUAUAAAAAGUUAUUCAACUCAUUUUAACUGACAUCAUGAAUCUACUGCUGGAAAACCUGCAGAGCUUUUUUCCCCACAAUUCAACUAGUGGGGCUCUGAAUUGAACUAAAUUUCAACUAAAUCAAGCCAAAAUAUUUACUUAUGGACUUAACUUUCAGUUCAGUUCAACUCCCUACAAAGUUUUUAAAGACAAAUGGUUCCUCUUGUCUUCACUCAGUUUCUGGUGACAAAAACCAAUCACAUGCCAUCCUACUGAUAAAGCUGAUAUUGCACUGCAUUUUGGCUGAAAGGCUCUAGUUUGACCUCACAUGAUUACGAAAUUCACAUCAUAUCAAUGAGCCCCUGUAAUGCUUUCUGACUCCAAACAUUGUUCUUUCCUAUUAUGCAAAGCUCCUCAUAAAGUUGUCUGGUGCACCUUUGCUCUUUUUUUCAGCUCUGUACCUCCUUCAAAAUGAUCAUUUUCAAAGCAA